GACUUUGCUCUAGACAUCAGGACCUCGAACAGUGUUUAUUUGACUCGUGUCGUAUCUUUUUAUCUAAGUAUCUAGUAAUCCAUCUAUUUACACGUUUGUCGCGGUUGACAGCAGCAGAAUGGCGUCAGGAGGUCCAGUGAUGAACGGAGACGUAUCCCGCUCCGCCAGUCAAACAGGGGCUGUGGAGGGCACACUGCGGCAGAUGAACAUCCUCAUACAAGAGAACAGAGAUCUGAAAGAGGCUCUACAAAAGGCCAACAUGUCGAUGAAGGAACGUUUCGAGGGUCUUGCUGCGUGGAAAGAAAAACAGAAAGAAGAGAAAGAUUUCCUGCAGUCCAAACUUACUGAGACCAAAGCCCGGAUCGAGAGUUUAAUGGUGGAAAACCAGGAUCUCAGAAAGAAACUGGAGAGUCAAGGAGCAGACACUCAAGGCUCAGAGGUAGAGGCACUCCGUGCGCAGGUGGCUCGUCUUCAGGCUGAAAAGAACGACUUGGUGGCUCUAAACUCAGAACUGCAGCUGAAGGCUGACCACAGCUCCAACGAUGACUCCUUCAUCGAGAUCAUCAAAGUCACUGAUGGCGGAGCAGGCGGGGUGAGUGAUGCUUGUGGGACGGAGCACAUGAAGGGGUUCGGUGGUCCCUCUCUGAACCUGAGCAUGAGUGCCUCCAGAAUGGACAGCGAGGAGGUGACUGUGAGCCAGCUCCUGCAAUCUCUGAGGGACGAGACACAGAGAGCAGAGAGGCUACAGGAGGAGCUGCUGCAGGCAAAGAUCAAUUACAGCAAGCUCUACAGCACACUGAAAGAGCUGGAGAACAAAAAGAGUGACAUAGAGCAGUCCACCCAGACCACUGAGCCAGAGGAGACCAAGCAGCAGGCCGCCAAGGCAGCAUCUGAGGUGGAGAACCUAAAGUCUCAGGUGAUGACGCUGUACAAAGAUCUGCAGCAGGCACAGAGCAAGCUGGACGAAGCUGAGGGCAUGAAGAAGAACCUCACUGAUCGAUGUCGUGAGGUGGAGCAGGAUGUGGCCACUCUUAAAGCUCAAUUGGUGGACAGACAAACAGUCCAAUCUGAAAACGACCGUCUGAAGCUGCAGCUCGACAGUAUGCAAGCUCAGAGCAUGGUGGAACAGAGAAAGGCUGGAGAGGAGAGGAAUAAUUUGGCUCAGCUGAAGGAAGCGUACACCAAGUUGUUUGAGGAUUACAAUGAGAUGAAGGAGGAAAGGAAAAAGCGAGAGGAAAAAUCCCAGUUGGUGCAGAGGGAGGUGGUAAUGGAUCUUGAGGAGAGACUGGGAGCUGCUGAAAAGGCCUUAGUUGCAAAACAGGAACAAAUCGAUGAAAUGAAACGGGAACUUUUCGAGAAAGAGAAGGAGCUGGAGACUAUCAAUCUGUUCAAGCUUCAGGCUGAGGUAUACUCGUCAGAUUUCCAUGCAGAGCGCACAGCUAGAGAAAAAAUUCACGAGGAGAAGGAGCGGCUAGCUGCUCAGCUGGAGUUUGUGAAAAUGCAAAACACUCAGCUUCAAGAGGAGAUGGAUUCACUGGGACGACAUUCACUAAAUGAGAUGCAGAGGAGACACGGAGGAAAUCAACCAUCAUUAGUUGGAAGAGGAGCGACGUGGCAGCAGGUCAACAUCCCAGAACACGCUUGUCCCAAAUGUAACGAGAUAUUACCUGACCUGGACUCUCUUCAAAUCCAUAUCAUGGACUGCAUCAACUGAACUCAGCCAAGAUUCAAACCUUUGCACCUUAUUCUUCAGUCUUCCUCUGCUUCGUCCUGUACCUCCUUUUACCGACUGUUGUGGCAGCCCUCCAUAUCUAAACAGGAUCAGAAACGCUGCAAAAAUAAAAAGUAGAAAUUAUAUUUAAAAAAGCUAAUAUAUAGUAUCAGCUGUAUUGUUAUUCAAUAGCAACAUGUUUUAUAAAUUAAAGUGGUGAUGGAAAAAUCCAAAAUUAUGUAAUUGUUUUAGCCAUCGAGUUAUAUGUGUGAUAUUUGCGUAGUUAUGAUCUUACUGCCAAAGAAGCCAACUACAGAUGUGUAUGGGAAGUCUAUACUACACAACACAACUUGGCAUUGAGAUUGUUGUCUUUUUGAAACUACCUUACAAUCUACAUUACUAACAAAGCUAGUCCAUAAAACUAGUUGAACUUUAAUUGUGUUAGUUUGAUGCUAUAUUGCAGGUAGUACAUAGAAAGCACUUUAAAGACAAUAAUUUUAUUUUUGUCCCUGAAUAUUUUGUGUAAUAUAGUAAAGGUUAUUUUCUAGUCUUUUAAACAGACUUUGGACAUCAUGGCUAUGAGCAGAUCAUUGCUGAUUUACUCUAAU